CCUUGAACCUGUCGUCUUUACAGCCAUGUUGCGAUAGAAGGAAUGUCCAUUUGUGAUACCAUUGGAGCUUUUUACAAUUAAAAAGGCUUAGCAACGUUGAUUUAUUGUGUAUAUUUAUGAAUAAACAAGCAACAAGCUGGGUUUGUCCUGACUGAUGUUCGAGACUCGCCUUGUUUGAAGAUAUAAAAAUAGCUUUUUAACAUUGCACAAGAUUCCUUCGGGCAUCCGUAAUGCUUAAUUGACGUUUUUUUUGUUAUCAAUUGAUAUGAUGUUGCCUCUCCUUCUUUUAAGACUAUUUAUAUCAGCUUCUAGUUCCUGUUCAUAUUCAUUCUGGAGAGUACAUUAUCGAUUUCUACUAGGGUACACGCGCACGAUCUUAUUAUCAGAGAAACAGUGUGUCACCUAUAAAAGAAAUGACCCUUUCCUUCCUCUUCCAUUUUGAGGCUUAGGGCUUCAGUCUUUUUGUUUCUGUUAAACAUGUUUAGAACUGAAAGAGUAAAGGUGCUAUGUUUUGGUGAUUCAAUAACAAAAGGUUAUUGUCGAUAUGGCACUGAAUACUAUCCUUAUUCUAUAUAUUUGGAACAAAUGUUUGCUCAAGAUUACCCUUCCUUACAGAUUGACUUUGUCGAAUGUGGAAGAGACGGAGAAAGAGUGGUCAAGCAAAUGGAAAAGAGAUUUAAGCAAGCUCUAGACCAGAACAGAUAUGACCACGUCAUUCUUUUGGGUGGACUUAACGAUAUGGCAGAUAUGAUGAGAAACCAAUCAACGACCAAAAGUGUUUUAUGUGCCUUUGAGAAUAUGUACAAGACCCUAGAGGACAAUAAGUAUAUUAAAAGUUUUAUUCACAUAACUGUACCCAACUGCGUCUUGGACUGCAAGCAACAUGGGGAUAACCCAUACCAAAAACAAAAAAACAUAGUUAAUGAUGCUAUUUGUAAUAUGAGCAGCAUAAAAAAAAGAACAGUACUCGAUUUAAGAGACCAUUCAUCCUAUCAGAUGAAUAGUUUAUGUAUGGAUGAGAAGCUGCAUGAUAUGUAUUGGGAUGAUGGAUUGCAUUUCACAAAGGAAGGAUAUAUGCUGUUAGCAAAAAACAUUUACAAAUUGCUCAAGGAAGAGGUCAUUAACACACGCGCCCUGUUGCACAAUUAACAUAUUAUACCCUCUCUAUGUGUGUGUGUGUAUGUAGCGUGUGAAAAAAAUAAAAAGGAGAAGAACUUAUGUCAUAGAACAAAAUAAGGGUCUUUUUCAAUUCACGCUUGUGCUUCCCCACAAAUUAUUUUGCUUAUGAUUUAAAGUUGUUAAGAUAUAUACUCUGUAUAUUGCAUAGCGUAAAGUUACCCAG